AUCACUUAGAAAUUGAAUCUCUAGUUCUACAAUCUCUUCUUUAAAUAAAUAAAUAAAUAAAUUUUUUAAAUAAUUCUACUUGAAUAAAUCAAAAUAAAAUUAUUAAGUCAUAAAAUCCAUAUACUUACGCAAUAAAUCAAAAUGGAUCAGGAAGCAAAUAAACGUAAAGGAUCUUCAGAGAUAACUAAAGAAGCUCCGGAUAAUAAAAUACGUCGCACAACAUCUCGAGAAUCAGGUUCUUUAAAUUUUGCAAUGCUAAAUAAUCAAUUAGUAGAAAAAAUAACAGCUAUUUGGAAAUCGACCUCGUCGAGUGCCAAAAACUCACAAGCUUAUGAGGGUCAAGACAUCAAUGUUGUAAUAAAAGAAGCAGAGGAAAAAUACAUACAUGCUACUAAAGUCGUUCACUCGAUUCAAAAAAAAUUAUUGUCCUCUGAAAAUCAUGUUGCGGAAUUGAGUAUCGCUCUACAAAAAGAAACUGCCGAAAAUCAAUGCUUGAAAGAAAAAUCCGCAGCAGCUUUGGAACUAUCAGAGUCAUUUACCCAACAUGUAAGUUACAUCAAUGACACACUGAGUAGAUGCAAAGAUCAUGCUAAAAUUUUGGAAGGAAUGUACAGUGAUGUAAUUGUUAAAUUACGAGAUGACAAAAAACUUUUAUCGAAAAGAAUUGAUGAAUUGAAUCAAACUAUCUUAGGUAAAGAAGAAGAGUACAAAGAAUCUUUGGAGCAAAAAGACUUAGAAUUGUCGGAAUUUAAAAUAAAAUAUAAAGCGAUAGAUGAUGAAUUAUUUAAGCAGAAAGAAGAAACUCGCAAAGUUGUCGAAAGUUUAAAAAUAAGUACGGAAACGAUUUCGAGAAUGAAAAUUGUUGAAGAUAAAUUGGAAAGUACAAUCAGAGAAUUGGAGAAAAGUCUGAUUGAGGAAGAGAAGAAAAAGAUUGAACAAAUUAAUUUUAUUGAAGAGAACAAAAUUAAGGAGAUAAGAGAAUAUUAUGAAAAAGAGUUAUCUUUAGCUCGAGAAGAACUUGAUGAUACUAAAGUACAAAUUAAAAGUAUUAAUGAACAGAAAGAAGAAAUAAUUAAGAACUAUGAAGAAAAGGAAAAACUUGUUGAGAGUUUAGAGAAAAAAGUUGGAGAAUAUUCAGCGCAGCUAGAGCAUGUAAAAGCUGAAUUACAUAGAGUUAAUUUAUCAUUGCAACGAUCUGAAGAAGAAAAAGUAAAUCUUGAAAAGAAACUUAAUGAAAAGCAACAUGACAAUUUGAUGACAUCAGAUAAAUUAGAUUUAAUUACCCGCGAAAAGUGUAAUUUAGAAAAUGAAAUAAAAAUGUUGAAUGAUAAAUUAAUUAAAGAAGAAGCAGAAAUAAAAGAAGAAAAAAUGAAUUUUGAAAAAAAACUAAAUGAGAAACAACAGGACAAUUUAUUGAUAUCAGACAAAUUAGAACUGAUGACUCGUGAAAAAAGUAAUUUAGCAGAUGAAAUUAAAAUUUUAAAUGACAAAUUGGUCAAAGCAAAUCAAGAAAAGAAAGAAAUUUUACAAAAAUUGGAAAAAAAAAAGUUACAGCUUAAAGAAGCGAUACGAUUGAGCGAAAAUAUUGACGCGGAUUAUCAGCAUUAUCAGAAGGGUAAAGAAUCAAAAAUGAUAGAGCUACAAAAAGAAAUAGAAGAUUUGAAAAAAAAAAUGGAGAAAGUAUUAAUUGAAAAUAAAGAAGUCAAGGCGGACAAGAAGAAACUUGAGAGAGAGCAUAAAAAGGAGUCGGCAGCACAAGCUGAUAAGUAUGCGGAGUGUUUGGCAAAUUUGAAUCAAGUUUUGAGCUCGAAAGAUAACGCUACUGAAGAAAUGGCUGCUUCGAAAAAUGCUCUUUCUACUCUUGAAGCUGAUCAUGAAAAAUUAAAGGAGAAACACGCGAAAGACAAGAGGGAAAUAGAAAUGAAAUUGAAGAAAACUGAGGAACUUUUGGCUGAAAAAAAUAAUUCUGAGAAACAACUGAAAGAAGAAAUAUCUAAAUUGGAAGCUAAUUUUGAAGAAGUCAACAAAAAAUGUCAGGAAUUGGAGGCAAAUAAUUUUAGAGAUACGGAAUUGAAAAGAAGUCUGUCGAAUAUUGAACCCGAAGUUCGGGCACUUGAGAAACCAGCGAUUACUUCUUCUCAAACACGAAAACAACCGACCAAGGGUGGAAAAAAUAUCCGAAUUACGGAAGACAAGAUCCUGGGGCAUAAGAAAAUAAAGCCAAUUUUAAAACCUCACCCAAGUCCCAAACCACCGAAAUCCCCUGGGAGAAAAUUAAAAUUCAACGUACCUUCGUCCGACUCUGAUGACAACUUGGGAUUAACUGAAGAUUAUCCUCCCUCUUCUACUUUAUCAUCUAGUGAAAAGUUUGAUAAACUAUUUGAGAAAAUAACGAGCGCAACAAACGUUCAGUCACCAGGAUCACAAGGAAGUUAUUCAGCUCCAGCAUCACCGGGAACGCCGGCCCAGAAAAAAUUUUUUAAAAAUCGUAGCGUUUCCUAAACUCUUACAAUUUUUUAAUUAAUUUAAAUAUC